ACAAUGAGACUUGGAGUGUUGUGGUUCGUCUCUUUCUUGACUGUCAUGGAGGGCCACGAGGGUUUCCUAUGGAGAAAUGGUAACAUGAAAACAAAAAGAGAAUUCAGUGUGGACAAGAAAAUGCAUCAAGGUGAGACUUCACUAGUCCAGGAAUAUGAAUUGCUGCUUCAAGUGACCUAUACAGAUGCCCAGGACAAAAAUGUCUUGAAGGAUUUUCUGAAUUCCUGGAAUUUUUCACCAUUCCAGCUGUAUGGGUCAACACAGAUCAUCAGAGCAAAGGCUACCACGUCUUGUAGCAGCCUGGACGGAGUCCUGUGGUGUGGCUGUGAAGAGAGCUACACAUGGUUUCCUCUCUCAUGUCUUGACCCCCAGUAUUGUCAUCUUCACAUGGCUACAUCACCCGCAAGCUGUGAAUGUCAUCUCAACAACCUCAGCCACAGUGUCAAUUUCUGUGAGAGAGCAAAGGUGUGGGGAACUUUCAGAAUUAAUGAAAGAUUUACAAAAGACCUUUUGAAUUUGUCUUCUCCCAUAUACUCCAAAUACACAGCUGGAAUUGAAAUGCAACUUAAAGAAGCAUACAAAGGGAUUCAAGGUUUUGAGUCAGUUCAGGUCAAGCAAUUUCGAGAUGGAAGCAUUGCUGUUGGUUUUGAAGUCAUUGGCUCCAGCAGCUCAUCAGAGCUGCUGCUGUCCCUUGAGCAGGUGGCAGAUAAGGCUAAGACAGCCCUUCACCAGCUGUUUCCACUGGAAGACAGCUCUUUCAGAGUGUUCCAAAAAGCCCAGUGUAACAACAUUUUCUUUGGAUUUGGGUCUAUCAAUGAUGUGUACACUCUUCCCUGUAGCAGCGGUUACAAUGGAAACAUCACAGCCAGGUGCCAGUCCUCCGGGUGGCAAGUCAUCAGGGAAAACUGUGUGCUGUCUCAGCUGGAAGAACUGCAGAAGAAUUUUAGCAUAAUUGCAGAAAAUGCCACUGAGUCAGACCUGUCAUCCUUGGUACACAAUCUUUCCGUCAUCCUUCAGCAAAAUCCAUCAACCACAUCUGGGAAUCUGGCUUUCGUGGUGAAUAUACUGACUAGUGUUUCAGUACUGUCUCUGGCAAACCAGUUCAGGGUGUCCAAUUCAACAAUGGAGAAUGUCAUCAGUAUAGCUGAUCACAUCCUUAAUCUGUCAUCAGUAAAGAACUGGGCAAUAUUAAUGCGAGAAGAAAAACACGUCAGCUCACAGUUACUGAAGACAUUGGAAAAUAUCAGCACUCUGGUUCCUGCGACAGCUCUGCCUCUGAAUUUUUCUAAAGAAUUCAUUGACUGGCGAGGGAUUCCAGUAACUGAAAGCCAAAUCAAAGAUGGUUACAACUAUAAGACAGAAAUGUUCCCCCAAAAUACCUCCAUUCCUAUCAGAGGCCAUUUAUUAAUUGAGUCUGACCAGUUUCAGAAACCACUUCCUCAAACUAUAAUCAGCAUGGCCUCAUUGACCAUGGGAAUCAUUCUACCUGUUACCACACAUGGAAAUUCUCAAGUCAAUGGACCUUUGCUAUCUACAGUUAUCCAAAACUACUCUAUAAAUGAACUUCUCCUCAUCUUUUCCAAGAUAGAAUCAAAUCUGAGCCAGCCAUACUGUGUGUUCUGGGAUUUUAGUCACUUGCAGUGGAACAGUGCAGGGUGCCACCUAGUGAAUGAGACUCCAGACAUGGUGACGUGUCGAUGUACUCACCUGACUUCCUUCUCUGUCCUGAUGUCACCCUUUGUGCCUCCUGCAAUCGUCCCUGUUGUGAAAUGGAUCACCUACGUGGGACUGAGUAUUUCUAUCACAAGUCUCAUCUUAUGCCUAGCCAUUGAGGCUCUGCUGUGGAAGCAAAUAAAGAAGAGCCAAACUUCUUACACACACCAUAUUUGCAUGGUAAACCUAGCACUGUCCCUCCUGAUUGCUGAUGUUUGGUUUAUCGUUGCUGCCAUGGCGGACACCACGGCCAGCCCUCCCGGAGUCUGUAUUGCUGCAGUAUUCUUUACACAUUUUUUCUACCUCUGUUUGUUCUUCUGGAUGUUCACGCUUGGUAUCCUGCUGGUGUAUCGGAUCAUCCUUGUGUUCCAUCACAUGGCCCUGCCUUUGAUGAUGGCGAUUGGCUUCUGCCUGGGCUAUGGGUGCCCUCUCGUCAUAUCUGUCAUCACCAUUGCAGUCAGUCUACCUGGAAAUGGCUACAGAAGUGAAGAAAUGUGUUGGCUUAACUGGUCCAGUCAAAGCAAACCACUUUUGGCUUUUGUAGUCCCUGCAUUGACAAUUGUGACUGUGAAUUUUUUUGUGUUGUUCUUAGUUCUCAUGAAGCUCUGGAGGCCAGCUGUUGGAGAAAGAUUGGGUCAUGAUGGCAAGGCCACUGUCACUCGCAUGGGGAAGAGCCUCCUCAUUCUGACCCCUCUGCUAGGGCUCACCUGGGGCUUUGGUAUAGGAACAAUGGUGGACAACCAGAAUCUGGUGUGGCACAUUACUUUUGCUUUAUUUAAUGCAUUUCAGGGCUUUUUCAUCUUAUGUUUUGGAAUACUCUUGGAUAGUAAGCUUCGACAAUUUCUAUUCAAUAAGUUUUGUCCAUUAGUCUCUGGGAAGCAAUCAUCAAAGCAAAAUUCAUCAGAUGUAUCAACAAAGCCCAAAUUUGUGCAGACCUUUAACCCCCUGCAAAACAAAGGCAGCUAUACAUUUUCUCACUCUAUGGAUUCCACCCAAGACAUCAUGCUAACUCAGUUUUUAUCAAUGGAAUCAUGCAAAGAAAACUAAAAUCAAGGAAAAACUUCUGAAGCCCCAAGACAUCUAGAGCUGAAUGUCAGUGAACAAUUAUUUGUCACUUUAGAUGGGGUUUUCUGAUUUAACAAGUUGGAAUAAAACGAGGUUGUCUCA